AUGUGGUCGAAGAUAACCCACGCACUCAGGCCACGACAAGCCCAGGAAAGCUCCCAAUCUCAGGGAGAGGUUCUGAGCAAGGUGUUUGAACAGCACCCAAAUCUAUCCGUCUUCAACCCCAACGACCCCAACGCCAACACAAGUUCGAACCCAAGUCCCCCGCCUUCUCCGUCGAAAGGUGGCAAGCGAACAGUGCUCAAGCGAAUUUCGAAAUUACCACCGAAAGAGGACAACGAGAACGCGAAGACGGCUGGUUCAUUGCGACUGACGAAGAAAUCUCGACCUCCAUUACAUUUUAACACAGUUGGAAGCAAUUCGCAGCUGUCACUUCCAGUUGAUUCUCAUGACGAUCUAUCAUCCUCUGCCGACAUUUCGCGCCGCGCCUCCUUUGACAUGUUAAAAUCAAGCACCGACUCUAACAAGGCCUCGUCAAGCAAGAGCCGAACUUCGAUCGACGUUUUGCGCCGGCCGUCGCUCGACCUCCUCCGCAACGAACCCUCCCAAGACGGCGGACUUCUUCCAUCACCGGCUCUCGAAGAGCGUCCUGCACCUAUGACGCCCGGCUUCAAUGACAGAAUGGGUUCGGUUAGGUCGAUUCUGCGCGACCCUAAAACUCCGGGUACUGGGCAGAAUGUACGCUUUUUCUCUCGUGAUGCCUACAAGGUCAUCAGUCCAGAGCAAUCAAUGGACACCGAAGACCACUUUUUUGCACCUCCCCCACCGCCCAAAGACGAUACCCCGUCCUUCUUGGAACGACUACACCAAACCAGCCCCGAUGGCACAAGUACGCCGGCGGUGUUCCGAAACGGCCACAACAAAUCCCACUCGAAAUCAUCGCGACCAUCAGUGUCCGAGGUUUUCUCACCUCUCACCAAUACUGCGCCGCUUCUUGAACCGCCUUCCCAGGAUGGCGAACAGUCGAUGUCGCUUGCUAGUCCCGUGCCUGCCAGUAAAUCGGGAGACCUAUUUGAGGUUUCCCAGUCUCUGAACCUCCCUCCUUUCAAUCCCCCCGGACUCGACUUUGACGUGCAUUCCCCUCUUUUCGAUCAAUCCAUCGAGCUGGACACCUCCUUUGACACCUCCGAUGUUCAACCAUCCGUUGAUGGCGGUCGCGCCCAGUUGACUUCCACGCCGUUCAGGUCCAGUGAUGGAAGCAAGGGAAAGGAGCGGGAGAAUACCGAAGAGCAAGACGCCACAAAUCCCAUCAAACCCGACAUCAGCUCGACCAACCAAGUCCCUCUACCCACCACGGAACCUGAUGAAUCAAUCUUCCACGCGAAAGAUGUUCCUCCCCGCCUUCCCACCCCGCUCCAUGACCGCUCCCAGUCUUUCACUAUGGGUCAAACCGUCUUCUACUCGAUGGGCGACGAGGAUUCGCGCCGCUCGUCCAAGGGUUCACCCGCGUAUGCUUCUAGCGACCUCAAGGAUAUGUCUUUCUCCAGCUCCUCUACAUCGUCCAAACGUGAAUCCUUCACUUCCGCCACCAAAUCGAGGGCACGAGCGAUUAGCGACACAGUACUUCAGAACAUGCUCCGCUCCACAAAAUCUCCACCCGAAGCUGAUAUUAAUGACGAGUCGAGUGACAACCUUGUUGUUUACGCGCCUCCGGUCGCGGAGCCCGAUCCCUUCAGCGCUCACGCGUCGACGUAUUACACGCCGCAAGUCAUGAUCCCUGUCACCCCUCCGCAACAUUCGAAGCAGCAUGUCCGCAAGACCUCUAAGGAGGAAAGCCUCAUCUACUCUCUGCAGACCCAACUGGCCAUCCAAAACGACCUGUGUCAGCAGUAUGAGAUCGACCUUCGGGCCCGGGAUGAGAUGGUCAACACACUCACUCAGAAGCUCAGCGACGUGGAGAAGGAGGACAACAAACGGCGCGCCACGUUACGGAACUGGAAAAAGAAAGUACAGGAGUUGGAGCGUGCGUGUCGUCAAUUGGAGGAGGAGGUCGACAGUUCUCGGCAAAUGAGUUUCGAGCGAAGUGUGAUGGACGAAGCGAGCGGUGAGGCCCUCCGGAUGCUCCACCGCCAAAUCGCUGCUCUCGAGAGGGACAGGGCUGAUCAGCUGAAACGGGAGGAAAUGUUGAAGGAGGAGAUCGCGCAUCUGGAGACUUUGGUGAAAGACCGAAGCGAGGAUGUCAGCCACUUGAAGGAGAUGCUGUGGAAUAGGGACGAAAGUGAGAGGGAGCUGCAGGUUGGACUUCGGGAGGCGAAGGAGCAGAUGGAUCAAUUGGGCAACGUGAGCUUGGCUGUUAUCGAUGAGGACGAACUGAAGAGGCUCAUGGAGGAGAAGCAGCAGGCUACCGAGGACGAGAGGGCUCGUCACCGCGUGGCCGAGCUCACUUGGCAACAGGAGAAGGAGGAGUUGACGAUGAAGAUCGAGAGCUUAGAAGUUGAGAAGGCAGCUUGCGAGGAGGAGGUCGAGAAGGUGAAAUCGCAGCUGAAGGCCCGUGACGACGAGUUCGCCGUUCUCAAGUCCGAGUUGGAGGCGCAGUGGUCGAACACCGAAAGCAUGUCCAGCCAAAUCGACACCCUUAUGCGGGAAAAGCAUGAGGUCGAGUCUGAGAAGGAUCAACUGCAGAAGACUUUGGCAGAGCUGGAAGCCAGGAUCGACAGCAUGUCGAUGGACUACAACGACCUUGUGAACAAGAACGCUCAGCUCGAAUCGGACUUGCAGGACGCCUUCAACAAGAACAACGACGCUGAGAUGGACUAUGAUGAUGUCGUCAACAGGAACUCUGAGUUGGAGAGCCAAGUGAGCGAACUUCAAGAAGAUCACCAAAAGAUGGAGCGUGACCUUGGAGAGUCUGAAGCCCGUGUCGAGCAACUUAACAGGCGCAUCUCUUUGCUCGAAGAAGAGGUUCAGCUCAACAAGGACAUCGUUUCGCGCACGCAAGAAACCAUCCGCAAACGCGACGCAGAAAUCGAGGAGUACAGCAACCGCGUUGCCGAGCAGGUGGCCGAAUCGGAAAGGCUCCAGGAGGAACUCAGUACCAUGCGACGCGAAUACAACCGGCUCCUCGACGAGCAGUCUCGCGCGGACCACAGCAUGUCUAAUCAAGAAAUCGAGAACAGCAAGCGCAUCGAGCAACUCAUCAAGCAGAAGGCGGAGGUCGACGUCGAAUUGGACGCUUCGCGUGACAAGAUUGCUGCGUUGCAGGACGAGGUUGAGCGUUUGCGCCGCCAGGUACACACCUUGAAGCAGGAUAGCGCCGAUAAUGAAGUCGAGGUCGGCCGCCUUAGGAAGCAGCACGCCGCCGAUAAGGAAGACAUCAUGGGCCUGAAUAUGGCUUUGGAUGCCAAGCAGCAAGAACUGGAAUUGAUUAAACGACAGUUGGGAGUACGAGGGACGGCAGGUGCGACUCCCGCCCAAUCUGCAUCUGCAACCAGAACCCAUCGACGAGACUCCUCCGUCUUCUCCGCGACGCCCAUUUCUCGACCGCAAUCGGCACUUUCUGACAGUGCUGAGAGUGCAUCCGCUGUCAGGCCCCGCAAACGCUCUUCCGAACGUCCGCCAUCCUCCGCCUCAGCGACGCGGCCAUCAACUGCACUGGGACGAAGCACAAGAAUAAACACUGCCACGAAGUCUAGUAGCGCGGGUUCAAUGGGACCCCCUGCUUCUGUCACCAAGCCCCGCUCGUCCGUCUCUUCGUCGGCUGCGACACCCAAACCUCUCGGACGAUCGAGUUCAAUGAAACCAUCGUCUACCGCUACCUCGCCAACGAGCACGCCUAUCCCACACAGGAGGGUCUCUUCUGCUGUUGUUGCAAUUGAGCAACGGGCUUCCGGUUCGACCGUGGCGUCCAAAGGCGCUCUAUCGAGGAUGGGCAGGGUGACUAGCCCGGUCUCAAGUGUACCCGAGGUGGCCGAGAAGGAGAAUGUCGACGAUUCGCUCGGCAUGACGCCAACGUUGAGUUCUCGGAGACGGGUCGCUGUGCCUACCUAA